AUGAUAGAGAUUGGGAGCCUCCCAGCAGUAGACGACUCAUUUUCUGAAUAUGACUCUGCUGGAGCUGGGCCUGGCGGCAGCGACGGCGGCCCUGCUGAUGGUGAAGGUGGUGUCGUUGGACAGGGUGGUUUCUUUGAUGGCGGCGCAGAAUAUGGUGGAGGAACAGCUGGAGAAUGUGGUGGCGGCACGGCCGGAGAAUGUGGUGGCGGUGACUUUGGUGUUGGAGAAGGCAAUGGAGUUGGUUUCGAUGGUGGUGGAGGCACCGGAGUUGACUUUGGUGGCGAGGGUGGUGCCGGAGUUGGAGUUGGUGGUCUCUUGGGUGGUGCAGGCGUUGGCUUUGGAGGUGGAGCUGAAUUCAAAUAUAGAAAAAUACAACGAAAUUAA